UGUUGAUGCACUAAAAACUGUUACAUUUUCCCAAGUUUUUAUCGUCUCUGCUGCCUCUACUGGCUUUAUAUCAAUAGUUCAAGCAUUGAUUUCUGCCUAUCUCAGGACAUUGCCAUGCCUAUCAGACAGCGGUUCCAGAAGAUUUUCUCUCGAAACAAGGAUCCGCCAACACCAGAUGCGCUAUCAAGGCAAGACGAGCAAUUAACAUCUGUAACCCCAGCUAAUGUACCGGCAUCUCACAUACACGUUCCUAAUGCAAGCUUGCCAGAGCGACUCUGGGAUCAAGCGUACGACGACUUGAAGAUACAUGAUGCUGCACUAGUCCAGGCGUACGAGAAGAUCCUGUCUCGUAAUCUUUGCGGUCAAGGAUUUAACUCUCCAAUAACGGAAUCUGAGAAGAACAUGAUUGCGCAAGACGCAGGCACACGGAGAUCACAGAUGCGGCAGCUUAUUGACGAGGGCCUGAACAAAACCGCCCGUGAGGCCAAAAUAAAAGAGACCAUCGGCACAGCCACUCAGUUUAUACUCUCUGCAAAGGACAUAAUCAGCUCUGCCAUUCAGACUGCACCACAGGCGGCGCUUGCUUGGACCGGCGUAUGCGUAGCACUAGAGAUGAUUCAAAACCCAAUAGCUGCCACAGAGGCCAAUCGUAAUGGCAUCGAAUAUGUGAUAAAGAGGAUGGACUGGUACUGGAAUCUAUCCAGUGCUGUCUUGAAAGAAAGCCUCGAUGGUAAUGAUAGUAACCUCGCUGGCAUCCGACGCGAACUUGAGAUUCAGGUCAUUGAUCUCUACAAAACCCUCCUCUUGUACGAGAUAAAGAGUGUUUGUUCGUACUAUCGCAGCCGUGGCCUUGUGCUAUUACGUGAUAUAGCCAAGCUCGAUGACUGGAAGGGUGAUAUACAGACUAUUCAGAGCGCUGAACGCAUUUUUAAUGAUGGCUCCAACACCUUUGCGGAUCUAAAGAUGGUCUCCAACCUCGAGAAGCUUGUCGCUUAUGCCGAAACGCAGUCGACAUCUCAGAUGACAAAGGAAGAUCAGCAAUGCAUGAAAGACCUGCGUCUCACAGAUCCUAGCGCUGAUAAGAAGCGUAUUGAACAGACGAAAGGUGGUCUAUUACAAGAGUCAUAUAGGUGGAUCCUUAAUAAUCCCGACUAUCAACGUUGGCGGUACAGCGAGGAGAGCCAUCUUCUCUGGAUAACAGGGGAUCCCGGCAAAGGCAAGACUAUGUUACUCUGUGGCAUCAUCGAUGAGCUGGACCAGCAGUCAAUUCGCUCUGGCAUUGUCCAUACCAUCUACUUCUUUUGUCAAGCGACUGAUCACCACCUUAACAACGCUGCUGCUGUUCUACGUGGUUUAAUGUUCAUGCUUAUCAAUAAGCAACCAUCGCUCAUUUCUCACCUACGAAAAAAAUACGAUCAAGCCGGUGCAAAGCUCUUUGAAGGAUCAAACACUUGGAUUACUUUAUCAGAUAUUUUUGCUGCUAUCCUCCUAGAUCCAGCGCUGGAAAGUACAUGCAUAGUUGUCGAUGCUCUUGAUGAGUGUGUAUCUGACUUACAAAUUCUUUUGGACUUUAUUGUAGAUACAUCUUCCAUUGAGGGUCGUGCCAAGUGGAUUGUCUCUAGUCGAAACUGGUCCCAGAUAGAAGAGCGUCUGCGACGCGCCGAGCAGAAAGCAAAACUGAGUUUGGAGCUCAACGCAGAGUCUAUCUCCAAUGCCGUGGAUAUUUAUAUCCGAGAAAAGGUACAUCAGCUAGCAAGCCUGAAAGGCUAUGACGAAGAAACGUGCGGUACGAUCCGGACCUAUCUGUCUGAUAAUGCAGACGAUACGUUCCUAUGGGUGGCCUUGGUCUGCCAAAAUCUAGAAAAGCGUCAGCGAUGGAAAGUCCUUAGAAUGCUGAGAGAAUUCCCGCCAGGUCUUGAUUCUCUAUUCAAACGAAUGAUGAAUCAAGUGCUCUCCAUGGACGAUGCUAGCGACGUCAGCCUCUGCAAGCAAAUUCUCGCCAUUAUGACGAGCGUGUAUCGACCAAUUACUCUUUCCGAGCUUGGCUGUCUCAUUGAUAUCCCAGGGGAGCUUCCAGAUGACAUCACAGAAAAGCUUUCAGAUGACAUCAAGUUUUUGGAGGAGAUUGUGGCUCUUUGUGGCUCUUUUUUGACUAUCCGGGAUGAUACCAUCUAUUUUGUCCAUCAGUCGGCCAAAGACCAUCUCACCAGCAACGAAGAAGCCAUCUCUGCUAUCUUUCCCUCAGGCAGCGAGGAGACACAUCUUGCCAUAUUCUCUCAUUCAAUACAGGCGAUGAAGGUAAUUUUGAAAAAUAACGUCCAUGGUUUAUCGCACUUUGACAAUUACAUCAGCGACGGUACUAGUAUACUGGACCCAGAUCCUUUAAAUACCAUUCGAUAUGCUUGUGUGUACUGGGUAGACCAUCUUUGCGAUGGAAAUGUCAGCAGAAUUAGUUCUGGAUGCCGCAAUAUCCUCAGCGACGAUGGAGUUGUCGAUUUAUUUAUUCGGAAACAUCUUCUCCAUUGGCUAGAAUCGUUAAGCUUGUUACGACAUCUAUCGGACGGUAUCAUCUCGAUAACAAAGCUCGUGGACUUACUUGCAGCACAAUCACCUCAGGGAAAACUAUUUGAAUUUCUCCAAGACGCACGCAGAUUUAUUCUGUACAAUAAACCGGCCAUCGAAAUUGCUCCACUCCAAAUAUAUUCAUCAGCGCUAUUAUUCAGUCCUAUGAAAAGCUUGAUACGCAAAGCCUUUCUUCAUGAUAUUCCGUCCUGGAUACAUAGUAGGCCUAUUAAUGAGGACCAGUGGAGCCCAUGUUUGCAGACGCUUGAAGGCCAUAGGGGCCCAGUUGAUUCCUUGAUUCACCUUAAUAAUAAUCAGAUUGCCUCAGCAUCGAGGGAAAGAAAAAUUAAGAUAUGGGACACGGACACAGGCACGUGCAUAAGGACGACUGAGAGUAUUCCGAGACUUUGUGCAUUAACCUCCCUAACAAAUGGCCGAAUUGUCUCAGGAUCAGAAGACGGCGUCAUCAAAAUAUGGGAUCUAACUACAGGUGAAUGUGCCUUGACAGUUGCAGAUCAGGGCACUACUUUACUUUCAAUGACCUCCUUAACUGGCGAGCGAGUGGCCACGGGAUCAAAGAGCGGAAUAAUCAAGAUAUGGGAUCUAAAUCAAAGUAUAUGUGUCCAGACAAUUAAAGCGCAUAAUGAGCCUAUAGCCGCAUUAGCUUCCUUGACAGAUAAUCGAAUUAUCUCGGGAUCAAAUGACACAACAGUUAAAAUCUGGGAUAUAAAUACAGGCGAAUGCAUUCAAACACUCAAUGGCCACGUCGACGCAGUGCUUUCUGUAACCUGUUCGACAGAUGGUCAGAUUGCUUCCGCAUCAAGGGAUCGCACAAUCAAAAUCUGGAACGUAGCUACGGGCGAAUGCGUUCAGACGCUCAGCGGUCACAACGGCGCAGUGUCUUCGGUAGCCUACUCAACAGAUGGCCAGAUCGCCUCGGCAUCAGAUGAUAACACGAUAAAAAUCUGGGAUGCAACUACGGGAAUUUGUACUCAGACGCUUAAAGGGCAUGCCCUUGUGGCUAGGUCAGUAAUAUUUUUGGGCAAUGGCCAGCUCGCUUCAGGGUCUGAGGACUACACGAUUAAAAUAUGGGAUACACGUGUACCUAUAAACGUGGAUGCCGGGAUACCUGGGAGUCAUAGCAAACAAGUGGCUUCAAUGGCCAUGUCAAGCGACGGCCAUGUUGUCUCAGGAGCGGGAAAUGGCACAAUUUGCAUAUGGGAUAUGGCUACGAGCAGAUGUGUCCAGGUGCUCGAGGGCCAUACCAACCACGUUAGAUCAGUCGCCUUCUCAGAAGAUAACCAACUGAUUAUCUCUAGCUCGGACAAUGGUACAGUCAAAAUUUGGGAUGCAGCUACAGGUGUGUGUGUCAAGACACUCGGGACUCGUUCUGCAUAUGGUCGCACUUCGGGGAUGUUCUUGCCAGAUGGGCGACAUGUUGCGGCGUCGAUUAAUACAGAGGUUAAGAUUUGGGAUAUGGCGACAUGGACAUGCGUCCACACGCUAGAAUGCAGCGAACCUAUUACAGCAACGGCCGUUUCUUCAAGUGGCCAGUAUGUUGCUUCUGCAUCAGCCGACAAAUCAAUUAUGCCAGGAUCAGCCGACAAAACAAUUAUGCUCUGGGAUACAACAACAGGCGUUUGUGUUGAAACAAUCAGGUUCAUUGGGCGUUCUAUCGAAUCAUUGGCUAUAUCAUCGGAUACCAGGUACAUUGCCUCAAUGACGGGGGGUGGUACCGCCAAAAUCUGGGAUCUAUCUACUGGGACUUGUACCCAGAUGCUCACUAUUGGGACAACCCCUAGAAGCCGCCUGUUGUUCGAUACGAGAAUAAACUCCCGCCUCCACUGUGAUCUCGGUGCUUUCGACCUGGAUCUUGAUGUAGCUCCGGAUUCUAAUGUAGCGCAACAAGUUUCUAAUAUACCAUUAGCUAAAGCCUCGCCGCAAGUUUGCUUCUACGGUUAUGGCACAGAUCAAAAGGGAGAGUGUAUUGUAUGGGAUGGUAAACCAAUACUUUGGUUACCUCAGGAGCACCGGGUUUAUGACUGCGUUAUCAAGGGAUCGACUGUCAUUGUUGGUUGCAGAUCGGGACGUGUCCUGGUACUGCAGUUCUCCGAAUCGGGGCCGGAAUCGUAGCAUACCUCUGUAUAUUAUAAGAGCCAUUACACUACAACUAUGAAAUAAUGAUAACAUCUGUAAUACAUUAAUAGCUAGUAACGGGGGAUUAAAAACAAGGGGGGGGCUGCAAGACGAAAACACACACUUCGGUGGGCGUAAGAGCAUU